GCGCUUCCUCUUUCCGUGCUCGUGCCCGCCAGACAAGAACGAUAGAAAAUGGCGAGUCAGUGCAAAAGGCAGCAAUGCACAAUCGACAGGCGCGGCUUUCGGCAGGAACUUGACUCUUGGCGACACAAACUCGUCCACUGUGUAGGUUUCGAGAGCAUUCUCGAGGGUCUGUUUGCUCCAGAGCUGGUAGAAGACCUAAAAUUAUUUAAAGACUUUGAGCCUACAGCAGUGUCUGACUGGUCAUUUGAUGAAAACUGUCUGUUCUGCUGUUUGAGACGAGACAAAGUAAAGGAACACUUAAUUGGCUUAAGCGACGAGGGGCUUGAAGAUACAGCCAAACCUCUCCUGGUUAAAGAUCAGACCGCAAUCAGCAGACUAGAGAAACAAGCCGAGGAAUUUCUCAAUGCAGUCCUCUGCAGAAAAGAUGUGCCAAAUUUCUCGGACCCACACAUUCCAGUAGUGGCUCGAGAGAUCCUUCAGAAAAUGAUCCGACAGUUUGCUGCCGAAUAUACCUCAAAAACCAGCUCCCCUCAGGACAGUGGCUCUGAUUCCCAGCCUUGCUCUGACCAAAGCCUGCCGACCCCACCCUUGCUCUCAGGGGCUCCUCCCCCCACCAGCCCUGCUGCCACCCUGGCUGGGCCUGCACACAACCAGAACCCCGUCCUCAGCAAGCUCCUCAUGGCUGACCAGGAUGCUCCUCUUGACCUCACCAUCAAGAGGCCCCUGGCUGUGCCUAGUGAACAAGAUGGAGUUCUUGACUUGUCUAUCAAAAAGAAUCGCCAUAGCAGCAGCAGCCUGCCUGUCUGUAGUCCCUGCUUUUCUCCAGCCACAUCCACGCUCAAAGGGCGAUCCUUGAGAGCGGGCGGGCAGGUCGGGCUGUUUAUGAGGAGCCUACAGGAUGGGAGGAGGAGGGAGAAUAUCGGCCACUCCAACCGUUAUAAGGCUUCCUCAUCUCUUGCAUACUCGCUGCACAUCAAAGAGGAGCCCGAUCUGGAGAGCGACCCAGAGUCACCUCUCAGCCACAGCUCCAGACCUACUGACCUUUUCAAAAAUGGAUCGGCUUCCUGGAAUUCAAAAAGUCAUUUUGGGGCCCUCCUCAAACUCAAAACCAACAGCGAGGCUAGCGAGCACCUAAAAGACAUACCCAGGUUGUUGGAAGCUGCUGGACUUUGGACAAAGGCACUUGACUAUGAGAAAGGAAACCUCCAGGAGGCCUGCAGGGAUCACAGCCUCUCCCUUUCUCAUUCAUCAUCUUUUGACCUCAAGAUUCCCCAGGUGCGAGUUUUGGCAACAGACGCAUCUUGGGAUUCCCUGUCCAACGUAUAUUCGGGAUCAGCUUGUGAGAACGGUCUGGGAAAGGCACUUCGUUCCAUUCUACCUCGGCAGAUCCAGAAAAAGAGCAGUGGAGGUUUUAGUAGCUCAGGUUCAGAGAAGGAAUACUGGCCUCACGACACUGACCGCAAAGCCUCGCGGGGAAGCUUUUCUUUGGAUUCAGAGUCAGACAAGCAGCCUAGGAAGAAACGUGGGCGAUAUCGACAGUACAACACUGACCUGCUUGAAGAGGCUAUUGAGGUGGUGAUGGGCGGGAAAAUGAGCGUGUCUAAAGCCCAAACCAUCUAUGGCAUUCCACACAGCACCCUGGAAUACAAAGUCAAAGAGCGACUGGGGACCUUGAAGCAUCCACCCAAAAAGAAACUGAAGCUGAUAAAGGUAGAGGAACAGGGUGUUUCUCGGUCCCCAGAGAGGAAGGAAAACUCCCAGCAUAUUGUUUCUGAGAAAAGAGAGAGUGCAUCUGAAGAGAACGGGAAUGAUUUCAAUGAUGGAAGCCUCUCAUCAAAUGAGUGAUAUAACCGUAAAGUACUAAUAAUGAUGUACUUUUUAACCGGACAGAUUUUGCAUUUGCAAGACAGUGGUAGACUUGUUUUCCCAUAAAACCGUAAUAGUUAUAACAUUUAAAUCGAAAUACCCAUAUUUAUUAUUAACCUAUUUGAUGUUCCCCCUCACGUUUGGGCAGUAAUACAUAAAUAUGUUAUGACCAUCUAUCUUAAACACUCAAAGUGUCUCCUUGCCCUACAUAUUAUGCCUGGAAGACAUUCUUGCUAAUUAAGAAAUUGAAUAUACUACAAUAUAUUAUCGAUGAUUUUCAGUUUAUUUAUUUAGCGUAUGUUUUGAAAGAAAUCAUUCCUGGCUCUAUAAAUGUAUUCUUUACACGCAGAGCCAAAUUGAAUCAUGUCUAAGGAAGUGGCGCCCCUCUGUGUCUUCUCUCAGUACUGUUCAGAGCACUUAUGUGAAUAUAUAGUUACUGCGUAUGUAGGCUCUUAUGGAUGAAAGUGACGGUCUCUGUCACUGUUUUGCAAAUGCACUUCUAUGACUGAAAUAGACACUGGAGAUGUAAGAAAAAAACCAGUAUGUCCAAACACUAUUCUAUUCAGAGUAUGUAUUAAUUCCAAACACUAUAUCCAAAAUAUUUAUUUAUUGUUCUUGUCUGUUGGAAUAGCAUGGUGUGUUGUUCAGAAUUUUACUUUUACUUUCCUCUUGAAUCCAAAUUAAGUUUAUCUUCACAAGCAUGACACGUUUGUGCCACCUAUAUUUUUUUUCUGUAUGUUUUUAUGUCUUAUAUGAAUGGGUUUAUCUUUUUCAUUGCCUUCACUGCACUCAGGAUAAAUUCCGAUUGGGAUGCAGUACUUGUCAAAGAAAAUGUCCCUAUCAGAUAAUUGAUCACUGUACACACAUAAAUAUACCUCAGUUACAGAAUCAUUGCCUCAUGCAAGUCACCUCACGGGGAAGGGUAACAUGCCCAAAUCCCCUUUUUUGAGGCAACAUUUCAGGAUGUCUUACUGACAAGUAUGUGUGUCCUACUCCCCGAUGACUUCACAACCUACCUUAACUAGUUAUCCGUAGCAUUUCAGUGCCAGGGUAAGCCUUCAGAGCAUUUCAGUUCUAUGUGAUUCAGGGCUCAUCUUUUUCAGAGUUCAGGUAUUAUCUCUGGGAACGCCUUUUCUCUAAGACACGAGAAAGGGCAUCAUUUUUCUUUUCCUAUUUACGAUGUAUGUACGUAUUAUACAUCUACCGUACAAACAUACACAUCUUGUUUUCGCCCAUGGCACAUGAUAAAGAACUGUCUCUUCAGGUCUAAUAACACUCGCCUGGUUUGUGAGAAUGAUACUCAUCACGUUAUCGUGACUUAAUUAUUCACCGUCACAAAUAGUGCACUAGCUAAACUCUUGGUAUAACUCCUAACUCUCUAAAAUACAUUCAGGUAUAUUUUAAAAUGUCUACUUCAGGUUAACAAGAAAAUAAGAUCAGUCCUGUGUUCAUGCGAGUCUAAAUAAAAUCUAGGAGCAGCUUUGUCCUUUUUAGAAGCUCUUAGCUCAUAAAGUCAUUAUUUUAUAAAAACAGAACUUUUAUCAAGCAAUAUCAGCAGACCGAGCCUAACGUACUGGCUGACUGUGCUAGCUCCAUAACAUUUGCUAGCCAAGUUAGCCAACGCGUUAGCUGCUGUUACAAUCAUGCCUCAAUCCACACCCACCUAUUUCUGAAGUUACCAUGGCAAAAUUCAAUGAAAAUAAAUGUAUCGUCCCCGUGAAGAGGAAAAGUGAUAAUGCAUCUCUUGGCUGUCGUUUUCAUACUUGGCUUGAAUUAUUGAACAUAAAAUACCAUCUCGGGCUGCAUUGCGUUGCACUUAAAUUUGAUUAACCUUAUUUGAUCAGAUUACCAGUUUCAGACAUGUCCAGGCUUACUGUGAUCAUUGUUUGAAACUGUGUGGAUCAUAGUUUGCAAGAUAGAUUUGUAGCUAUUUUUUUUUUUAACUGAACAAAAAAAAGCAAAAGAAAACAGGAUGUUGAAGCCAGCCACACAAGUGUUUGUGUGUGUGCGUUAACACUUUCCUUUCCUCAAUUUCCUUGAGAUAUUUCUGUGUUAAGUGGCUAUACAAAAGCUCAGGUUGAUGCCAUUUCCUUAAAUUGAAUACCACACAGAAGGUUGGGUCAUGGAGCUGUCACUAAAUGUAAAGAUUCAGGUUAAAAACCUUUAGAUCAGGCCUGUCCCCUGUUGCCAUUACCAGCAAUUUUCAUUGAAUUUUUGCCCAGUGGACUCGGCAGAGGGAACUCUAUGUUUUUGACUCUGCCUCCUCCGUUAUUUUGCUCUAUCAGGACUCCUCAUUGUGCAUUAUCGCUUAUACCUCAGGACACUCCAGAAUAUGGGAUCAUGGCCCAUUAUUCUUUUUAUCAGGUUGAUGCACAGCUCUAACAAAUCUUGGUUAUUGUUUUUUUUUGCAAAUUCUGCAGGAUUUUAAAUGUACACAAUGUUGCUUAGAUGAACGUGGAUGUUUUGAUAAAAGAAAUGAUUCCUUCACAAGCAUUUAACUCAGAUAUUAUAUUUGCAGGCAUAUAUUACAUACAAUUGCCUAGAUUGUAAACAUUUUUAAACGAGAGUUGGUCGUAACAUAGUUCAGGGACUUGCACACUUUUAUGUUAAUAGCACUGUAACGAUAAUAUAACUUUAUGUUAGAUGGUAAACCUACUGACUAACUUGUUUGGUUUCUCUUAUUCUUAGUUCUAUUUGUAUGCUCUGAAUGCAGGGAUUCUUUAGUUGAUUUUUUUUUUGUAUGGUUUGCAUUUCCUCUCACUUUAAAGUAAAAAUCGUCAUUAUUUUGUAACCGUUUAACCACUCUAAAUUGCAUAUAGUUUUCAUAUAAAUACACAAAACUUCUGAAUAACUUUGGCUCGGUUGAAAAAUUAAAACAAAGCAGUUGCUUCAAGUACGCAUGUACGAUUAAGUAAAGCCUCUUAGCUGAUUCGCUUUCAUUGAGUAAUUAUUCCUGCAUCGACAAUCAUCCAGCAUUACUCAAAAGCCACACUUUAUUUCCUCAUUCAGAGUGUUAAAUGCAUUUUAAUUAAUAUAUUAAAGAAAUACAAGCGCUUUGGGUGUACUGACAGGUAAAACAGGUUUUUGCGCUCCUCAUGUCUAUUGUAGCAAAUCUAAUGGUCGACUACCUCAUCUGGAAACCCAUAUCACAGUCUACUGUUCUCAUAGCUGUUUUAUGUAGCAAUUUCUCAUGUACACAACGCAGUUUAUUGUAAACUUAUUUUGAGUAAAGGUGAAUAGUUUACACAAAGAGCUGUCAUAAGUUAUAUAAGACAGUAGAAAAUCUGUCAAAGUUCAAACGUAUGUAAAUAUUCCCGUGUAUCCUUGUAGUUAUUCGCACCCUGAUCUAUUUAAUAUUUUCUUUGUCUCAAUACUUUUUUCUUUUCGGGGUGGGGAUGUUGUUCAGACAGUUGUGACAAAAGCAUUUUUUAUUAUCUCCUGCUUUGGAGAAACCUUUUUGUUCCAAAAGUGGGGUAAGGGUUUACGUCCCCUUACAUACCUACUCAAACUGAUAUGUUUGGAAUUAUUUUGUUAAUGCAGUCUUUAUUAAUCAAUAUUUAUGAAAUAAUUAUUUUAUCAAUUAAAUAACCAUGAAUGUAAAUGGCUUUAAUCAAACAAAAAGUUAUUCACAUAAGUGUUUAUAGACAUAAGUAGAUAUUGCUUAAAAGGUAUAUUUAACUGUCUUGCAUAAUAGAUGUGAAGGGAUAACAUUUAAGAUUGUCCCACUUUAUUCUGACACAAGUUGGGUGUCUUCUGCUUGGUAAAUAUAAUGUAUGAGGACAAAAGUCUAAAAUGACUAAAGAGUAUCCCUGUCCAUAAAAAAAAUAUAUGUACAGAUUCUGUAUAUUUGAUUUAACAUUAACAAUGUAUACAGGAAUGACACUGGGUAUAUUUUGCAUGAUUGGACUAAAUCAUAUGUGUCAGUGGAAAGUUAGUUGUAUAUGGUGAAGUUUAUCUUUGAGGAUGUUUUAUUGAAAAUACUGGAGUGUUGGUGUGUUUACCGUCAAGUCAACUAUGUAUCAAGUAGAUUAACUGUGAACGUGAAAUAUCCCCAAACCAGCUCAAAAUCUGGUUAAUGGUUCACUGAAGAUGUAUGAUAUAGUAGUUCGUAAUUGCCAUUAUUUAUUUAUAUCCCUAAUGUGCAAUAUAUGAACAUCGUGGAUGAGUUAACACGGCUAUGUUUGUGUGCUUGUGAAAUAUUGUGGAAAUGAGUUUGGUUUGCUUCUGCUUGUUAGAUUGGUUAUUUAAUUCCUCUUGAAGAAAAAGGCAUGUACUUUUUGUCAGUUCCUUACUGCAAUGCUAAGUGAAACAGAGAGCGAAACCCUCAGGGAUAAAAAAAACACUUACCACUCGUUAUUCAGGUACUCCACUUUACUCCUUAGAUCUUGCAAACAGGGAUGUGAAGUCAAUGAGCUUAGCAAAAAAAUUGGUCAGGUUCCAGUUCCAGCAAAUGUUAUUUUUUUAAUCUCUAAAAUUUAUUUUCUAAUCUCUAAAAGUUACAUUUGAGAUAUUUGGCAUGCUGUACAAAUCAUUUUGUGUUCGGAGCCAAAAAAACAUAGUACAUCCUUUCACUGUUUUAUUGUUUUUAUAAUUUGUUACACAAUGAAUGUCAAUAUUACCUAAGUGCAGGUAAGAUGUUGACCAAUGGGUAUUUAAUUAACAAGUUACUUUCCAGAUCAGUGCCUCAAGCAGCACAUAUUUAAUUAAAAGAAACAAAAACUUAAUGUAACAUCCUAAAACUGCAUUUCUGAAGAUUUCAACAAAAAGUCCUAAAACUCUUCUCACGUACUAUGUUCAUUCACGCCUUCCACUUCAAAGGUUGUAUUGUGAACUUUGCGAUUUAAAGCUGAAAUCCACAAUGUUUUUUUAAUCACUAUUCUAUUUGUUUGUCCAUGUAUCUAGUGGAGUAUACUCACACUAAAACAGACACACUUGUUGUCAAUUUGACUAUUCUAUAAGGUAAUAAUAAAAAUCCAAAUAUCACAUUGCCACUUUGCUAUAGAGCUGGGAACUAGCACUGAGUAGUGGCUACAUAGCAAGUGUAACACUAGAUAUCCCACUAUCUUUGCUUUAGCGAAGGUGACUACCCUGUGAAACAUUUAAGAUUUCAGUUUUACUUUGUCAAAAUGAAAAUAUUAGUAGCAUGGGAUUUGGCAAUGCAGCAGUUAUAGUUGGAUACAAAUAUAUUGUUAGUUUGUAAUUAUCUGUUUUAAAACAAAUAUUAGACGAUGCUCAACAGAGCUUUUUCUGACUACAUGUUCAUCUUGCAUUUGCCAGCACCUCUUGCCCAGCAGCACACGCUGUGGGCAAAGCUAUUUCUCUUUUUCACUACUCAGCAUAGCCUUGUGACAUGUCACCUCAGGAAUCUAGAUGUGGUUUCAUUUGUCUGUUCAUUUUCUUGUAAAAAGACCACAGUGACUCCUGGGAUGUUUUUCUUUUUCCUUUUUUGUUUUUACAAAGAAAAUGACCUUUUCAGAGAUAUAAGAUUAAUAUAUAUUUUGUCAUAAUGUGAUGGUACAAAUGCUCCGAAGCUCUUGGAGGAUUUUGUAAUAGACCUACCUCACUGAAAAAAACGUAAGCCAGAAAUACAGAAACAUGGUCCCCCCCCCCCAGUUGACUUAUUACAUUAGAUUUGCAUUGGCACAAACAAAACCUCACAGGUAUUAGAAUAACUAACUUUGCAUAUGUUCAGUCGCGCUUGAUUUUUCUUGUACUAGUUAAUUUGUCUUAAGUUGUUGAGCACUUGUAUCUAAAUGUCACCCUUUGCACUAGUUAUUAAACACAUGAGAAACUUCACAGAAACUAUGUACUCUGUAUUUCCCCCUAAUGUAUUUGCUCUUUCAAGUGAUAAACAUGUGUUUGACUUGUUUUAAUCAAAGUGGGCCACCAUUACUAAAUGUCUUGUGCAUGUGUAAGAUUUUCUUGAUGUAUACUGUAACAAAAGGCACCACUGUGCAAAGAAGAAAAAUGUAAUAGCUGUAACAAUGUAAUUGGUCAAGUUCACUGGAUGAAAGAUUCACUUUUAAUCACCUAUUCUUCUAAUAAAUAUGCAAUGAUAAACAUUGUUAAA